CUCAACAGCUUGUUAUUUCGUUUAUUGCUUGCAAUCCUGGCAAGUGGAGAAGAGUCACAGAGGUGUAUUUUUCUUUUUCAGUGAUUAAAACCAAUCGAGCUGGAAUCCCUCAAAUAGCCUUUACAAUGAAGGCAGCAGACGAGCCUGCCUACCUGACAGUGGGGACCGAUGUGAGCGCCAAGUACCGCGGGGCCUUCUGCGAGGCCAAGAUCAAGACCGUCAAGAGGAUGGUGAAGGUUAAGGUGGUGCACAAGGGAGACAGCAGCUCCCAGGUGGUGCAGGAUGACCAGGUCAAAGGGCCGCUGAGGGUGGGCUCCACGGUGGAGGUGAAGAGUGCUGAGGGGGGCCUCAGCCAGGCGGUCAUCUGCAAGCUCACCGACGCCAGCUGGUACACCGUGGUGUUUGAUGACGGAGAUGAGAAGACACUCCGAAGGACAUCUCUGUGCCUAAAAGGCGAAAGACAUUUUGCUGAAAGUGAGACCUUGGACCAACUGCCCCUAACUAACCCAGAGCACUUUGGAACGCCCGUCAUUGGAAAAAAGACAAAUCGAGGACGGCGGUCGUCACUGCCCGUUGCGGAGGAUGAGAAAGAGUCCUCGUCCAGUGAGGAGGAAGAGGAGGACAAGAGGCGGCUCAAUGACAACUUGCUUGGGAAGGUGGCCUGCAUCCAGACGGGGCCUGACCGCACAUCUUGGUAUCACGCCCUGGUGAUAUCCCCCAGCUGCAGUGAUGACCUGGCAGUCAAAAAGGACCAAUGUUUAGUGCGAUCCUUUGCAGAUUCCAAAUUCCACACAGUUGCAAGAAAAGAGGUCCAUCAGCUGGAUCUAGACAGCAUCUCCAAGCCCGAGUUCUCAAACAAGAAAGGCCUGGAGGAGGCGAGGAUGUUUCUCAAGGCCAAGGUUAUCCCCGAGAGCUGGAAGAUGGAUAUGAGCGAGAUACUGGAGUCCUCCAGCAGCGACGAGGAAGAUGGGGAGGGAAAGGACAGCGAGGAGGAUGAGAAGGAAGUGGAGGAGGAAGAGCCUGAGGUGGAGCCGGACCCGGAGGAGAGGGACUACUUCCUGCAGCAGCUCUACAAGUUCAUGGAGGACAGAGGGACACCAAUUAACAAACCACCUGUGCUGGGCUACAAGGACCUGAACCUCUUCAAGCUCUUCAGACUGGUGUUCCAUCAGGGGGGGUGUGACAGUAUUGAGAGCGGGGCUGUGUGGAAGCAGAUCUACAUGGACCUCGGCAUUCCUGUUCUCAACUCCGCCGCCUCUUACAACGUGAAGACCGCUUACAGAAAGUACCUGUACGGCUUUGAGGAGUACUGCCGCUCGGCCUGCAUCCAGUUCAGAACCAUCCACCACAACGACCCGCGGCCCCCCGGCCACACGGAGCCCAAGGCGGAGCCGCGCCAGUGGAGGGAGGGCCCCGGGGCGGAGCUGCCUCCGGAGGGGCCGGCGGAGUCGGCGGCGGGCGAGAAGAAGCCACCUGCGGAGGAGGAGGAGGAGGAGGUGGAGUCGAGCAGCGAGAGCGAGAAAGAGGAGCGCAGAGAGAUUCGCGCCCCGAAGGUGGGACGGAGGUGCACCCUGACUCCUGUCAAAUUGGAGGCCAAGGAGCUCACCAAAGCGGAGAAGGCCAAGGAGGAGCGGCCGAAGGGGGAGGAGUGGGCGGAGGCGCGGGCGGAGGCUGCCGGGGCCGAGGCGCAGGCCGAGGAGGCCGGCGUGGAGGAGCGGAAGGAGGCGCCGGACAGGGACACCCCGGGAAAGAGGGCCAAGCCCGAGAGGCGCAGCCGGCAGCUGGAGGAGUCCGACAAAGAGUCGGAGGAGGAGGAAGAGGAGGAGGAGGAGAAGGAGGGAGAGAGGCCCAUGCCCAGGAUACGAGACGAGAGGGAGGUGGAGGGGGGCGAGGACGAGGACCCGGAACACACGCUCAUGGGGACCAAGGUCAAGGUGAAAUACGGGCGUGGGAAAACUCAGAAGAUCUACGAGGCCAACAUCAAGAACACAGAGACGGACGACGGGGAGGUCCUCUACCUGGUGCACUACUACGGCUGGAACGUCAGGUAUGACGAAUGGGUCAAGGCCGACCGCAUCAUCUGGCCCGUCGACAAAGGCGGAACCAAGCGGAAACAGAAGAAGAAAGUGAAGAACAAAGAGGAGGGAGAGCGGGAGGAGCACGCCGAGAAGGAGGAGGAGAAGCAGGUGAAGACGGGGGCCAAGAGGGGCCGCCCCCCGCUCAGGGCCACGCCUCCCAGCGCGCCGCGGGCCGUCUCCAAGACGCCCAGCAGCGAGAGACAUCCCGGCGGGAAGAGCGGCCGGCUCUCGGACACCGCGUCGCUGCCCAACGGAGAGGGAACGCCACGCCGCCGCACCAGGUUAACGUCUGGGCAGUAUGACUCCGACAGAGGAUCUAACGAAUCGGGGAACUCCUCGGAGGAGAGCGAGUCGGAGGACUCCCCAGACAAGCACUCUGGCCGGGCGGAGAGCACGGACCCCGCCACGGCGCGCAAACAGGAGGAGGAGGAGGAGCGACGCGCGGAGGAAGGCCGGGCCAUGGAGCUGCGGGCAGAGAGAGGCGGGGCUGAAGACCAGGGGGCGGAGCCUGAGCGGGCAGGCAGUCCCCAGGACCCCCGGCUGGAGCAAGCGGAGCUCCCAGAGGAGGCGCCGUGGCCGAAGGAGCCGGAGCCCGGUGCAGGAGCGACGACGGAGCCCGAGAGGGAGGAGGAGCGCUCCCCCCGGCCCAAGGGCCGCAGGAGCCGCCCGAAGGACCCGGGGCCCGAUCCGCCCGCCACCGCCAACCACACGGAGGGCGAGGCCCCCUGCCCGCCCACCCCGAAGAAGCCGGAAGAGUCCCCCGAGCCCCCGCGCUGCCUCCCCCCGCCCCCCCGGCCCAAUGACUCGGACACGGACUCGGCCACGGAGGAGAUCUGCCGGGAGGACAGGAGGCCGCCCAAGCGCAAGGCCGCCGAGCAGCGCACCCCGGAGAAGAAGGUCCGCGGCCCGGAGAGGCCCGAGCCGCCCGGCCCCGCCUCCCCGGAGAAGAGGCCCGAGCCCGCCCUGAGAGAGGAGCUGGAGCCCAGGGCCGAGGCGCCCGCCCGCGCCCUGGAGGCGCAGGGCAAAGUGGAGGCGGGGCCUGGGGCGGAGCCUCAGCGCGAAGGCGAGGGCCUGCAGGGCGACGAGGCGAUGUCGAGCCUUGAGGAGGAGCUGCUGGCCCAGAUGGGGCCGGAGGCCCUGGUGUGCCACGAGGUGGACCUGGACGACCUGGACGAGAAGGACAAGACUUCCGGAGAGGAGCUGCUGGCUCUGAUGAGAGGGGAGGAGAAGCUGCGGCCGACCCCGCCCUCGCAUCUCCACCAUCACCACUCCCACCAGCACCACGCCUCGCCGGGCUUCUCCCCUGGCCCCGCCCACAGCCCCGGCGAGUCCCACAGCACCAGGAGCGAGAGUGACGUCACCAUCGAGGUGGACAGCGUCGCCGGGGAGUCCCAAGAGGGCCUGUGUGAGAGCGAGUCGGCCAACGGCUUCGACGCCAGCACCAGCUCCUCCAACUCCAGCAUCUCCCUGCAAGACAGGGAGGCCAAAGACAGAGGCCAGAAGAGGUCGAUGGACUGCAACGCGGGCUCCACCUCGAAGAAGCAGAAGCGAAGCCAGAAGCGCUCGAGCGCAGCGUCUAAAGAGAAGAACGGGGCAGGAAUGCUCAUCCCAAGCUGUGACUCCUCCCCCUCAGGGCACAGCAGUGACAGUGAGGACCUUCCUGUCAUGGACGCCUCCAGCAAACUGUCUCCAGUCAAGCACUCUGUCGCAUCCAAGGCCCAGAAGCUGACCCGUUCACCGGCAGGGGAGGGAGACAAGGACAAGCACAGGGACAAGCCAGCCUUCCCCUCUCCACGCACAUACAAGUGGACCUUCCAGCUGACCGAACUGGACAGCAUGACGAGCGUGGAGCGCAUUGCCUUCCUACAGGACAAACUACAAGAAAUCAGGAAGUACUACAUGUCCCUAAAGUCUGAAGUGGCCUCCAUUGACAGGAGGCGGAAAAGGCUGAAGAAAAAAGAGAGAGAAGUGUCCCACACCAUGGCCUCCACGUCGUCGGGCUCCUCGGACACGGCCAUGAGCCCCUCGUCCGCCUCGCCCACUCAGAACACUGUGGCCGUGGAGUGCAGGUGAUGGUGGGCGGCCCCUUCUCCACCUCUCUCUGCCUUCCCAGCAUCCCGCUGCCUCUGUGGAGACGUGUACUCUACCUGAUGAGCCAGAGCAAGCGGCCAAAAGCACUCGACUGCCCCCUCUUCCUCCCCAGUCCCGUCUGCCACAUGGCCACUCCCACUUCCUGCACUUUGUAAAGUGAUCCCGCCUCUUCCUCCUUCCACCCUUAGCUACCAAUCAUGACAACAGGAAGUUGAAUGUGAAUUGAAUGUAUGUGGGGGGGGGGGGCGGUGUUGUGAGUUUGGUUCAAAAAAUCCAACCUUGCAGACUUCAUCAUAUUGCAGUUCAAGGAACUUUGUUUUCACCUCCCCAGAUGAAAUCAGGCUCCUUAAGGUUCCGGCGCUGGUACCGCUUUGGAUGCAGUAUCAUAUGUUUGUAUGUUUCAGAAUAAGGAAAACACCAGGCAAUGUAUGUGAAAGGGUCCUUUUUUUGGUAACGGUCACUGUUAACCAGCUGGACAUAGUUUGUGAAAAGUCUGCUGCGCUCGCUCGCUCGCUCCAUCAGAACUGCCAAAGUACACGUUACAGCAGUGUCCUCUUGAAAAAGCGGGACAAAUUCAGUUGCGAAUGGGAAUGUAGUUUACUGAAAACUGCAGCUGUCGUCUUCCACUCUUGUAGUAUUUGAGCACAGAUAAUUAUGCAAAACUGUAUUUUUCGUUCUCUUUUAAAAAGAAAAAAAAGCAGAAAUGUUUACAGUGGAACAGAGGAAAAGGGGUUUUCAGUGGACUAAUUUCCUUUGCAAGUGUAUUUUGUCUUUUUAUAUGUAAUUGCAGAGUUUUUAUUUUAUUACGGAAAUUUCAAAAAAGAAGGUAUAUAUCACAACCGUGAAGUUAUUUAAUGAAAGAUUUCUAGACAUGACAUUUUGUGUAAAAUAAAGGUAUUAUCUUGCAACUUGUUAAAUAUAUUUAUUCAGACAGUGGACAAAAACAUUUUUAUGUAUUUUUUACAAUAUAAAUAAAACGGAUUGGAACCUUCCAUGUUCAGUUUGGACAGUGGGGAAAAAUAAGAUUGGAAGAAUGUCAUGAACUUGUCUAAAAGCAAACUUUGACAACUGUGUUGUACAUUGACUUGUUUUUCCUCCUCAAUCUUUGGGCCCAAUUUCUUUUUCGUUUUAAUACAGUUUAUAAAGAGCACCUGAAUGUGGUUGCUUUCACUUAAUUUUUUUUCCUGCUUGUAUUCAGAUUGCCUGGUACUACAAUUUGUUUUAAUUUAAGUGUUUAUUAUAAUAUUUUAUUUUAGUUUUCUUCAUUUGAAUAAAAAAAGUAUUGCUACAGGAACUUUUGUCAAGCCCAGGGGAUUCUCUUUAUGUUUCUUUUGUACAUAGAUCUUCCAAAACCAUGUAUUUGAAAAAUACAUUUUACACAAACUGUAAAAAAAGAUUUAUUUUAUGAUUUUUUAAAAAUCCAUCUUUGUAUAUUAAAGUUUUCUUUUCUAAAUGUUAAGUCGGUAAACUUUAGUGCACAUCCAUAGACUGUACAUUAUGAUUCAUUUGGUUUCCAGCAAGAGUCUGAACCAGAGCCUCUAGUGUGAAGUAGAACUGCUCAACGCAUUGUACAUUUUUAUGCUUUAUAAACUUUUUAUUUCAUCAAAAUUGUGAAGACUUCCUUUAAAUGAAAAUUUAUCUACAGAUUCCAGGAUGAAGGAAAGAAGGUAUUAGAUUUCCUAAGCAAAGCCAUUGUAUCUUUGUAAAGUAAGCAGAGCUCCCUUCGUUUCUAAUAAAGUUUUCAAAUAUAA